AUGUUUCUGAGAUCUCUUUCCGGCGUCCCGAGAUGUGUCUCAGGUGCAGCCCUACGACUCGAGUUCGCCCAGCCUUCAAUUGUUAGACGAGCAUGGAGCCGAGCCAUUUCCUACACCUUCCACCUAUUAGCAUCGGAUGCUCGAAUUAGAGGUGGCUUUUCCAAUCUGAUCCUAAGAGAUAUUCAUAAUUCCCCUUGGAAAACUACAAUUAACCUCAAAUUCCGCUCUCUUCUCAAUUUGAAUUGUAAAACUGUUCUUAACUUAGAGUGUAUCAGCCCGGUGGCCCUACCCCUAAUUAAAAAGAAACUACAGCAGCUUGACUUCUCCAACACAGCUUCUUGUGCAAGAGGACCGUGUUCAGGCCUAGCCCUAGCUAUUCCACCCCCUGAAGGGAUCCCUCUAUACUGCUUCACAAUUUCUUCGGAGACUAAGCGAAGGGCUUUUACCUGUGCCCGUCUCAACUGUUUCCCUACAGCAGUUCUGUCGGGUCGUUAUUCCAGAGUUCCCAUCGCAAACAGAACAUGCUCCUGUAACGACACGGCCCUGGAGACUAUGGAACAUGUAAUGCUCUUCUGUCCCAACUGGACAGAUGAAAGAUCUCGGUUUUUAACUCCCCUCGUGAAUAAGUUCCAUCUCCCAAUCCAGCCUUGGAUAGUGUCCCUCUUUUUGCAGGAUUCUGAUUGUUGGAUUACCGAGAUGACAGCUAACUUCCUGCUUAGUGUGAUGAAGAGGAAAGCGGCACUUACUUCUUCUUUAACACCACAGCUGCAGUCGAUACGCCGCACAACCGAACGAAGUUCCAAGUAG